AUUUCAACUGAUAAAUGACUAAUUCAUUUAUUGAAUCAAAUUGCUUUAUUAUGACUGUGACCUAUACAGCCCAAGUGAAUACUUCGCGACGUAUAAGCAAUUUUCUUCGUUUGCUAUUUCGAUGGCGUGGCAGCAUUUAUAAACUGGUCUGGGUGGAUUUAGUUAUCUAUCUAAUAUUGUAUAUUCUAUUGGCUCUGAUCUAUCGUCUAUUGAUGAAUGAGAGUACGCAAAGGAUAUUUGAGAUGAUUGUGUAUUAUUGCUGCAAACAUGGCAGUAUGAUACCUCUGGCAUUUGUUUUGGGUUUCUAUGUGACCAUCGUGAUGAAUCGUUGGUGGGAGCAAUACACUUGCAUACCAUGGCCAGAUACUAUAGCCAUACUGAUCAGUUCAUAUAUUAUGGGUUUUGAUGAUCGAGCACGUGCCAUGCGUCGGACUGUUAUGCGCUAUGUGUGCCUGUGUCAGGUGAUUGUAUUCACAAUGAUAUCGCCGCAGGUGAAGAAACGUUUCCCCACUUACACUCAGAUCAUGGAGGCUGGUCUUUUGCUUGAGAGCGAGAAGGCCAUAAUUGAGGUAUUAGAUACAGCAUUUCCGCAUUAUCCCAAACAUUGGAUGCCCAUUGUAUGGGCUGCUAGUAUUGUGAUACGUGCCAGGCGUGAAAACAAAAUACGUGAUGAUUUUGCUGUAAAAACAAUAAUUGAUGAAUUGAAUAGGUUUCGAGGAUUUUGUGGAUUUCUAUUGUAUUACGAUUGGGUUAGUGUGCCAUUGGUCUAUACACAAGUUGUCACAUUGGCCGUCUAUACGUUCUUUGUGUUUAGUAUAAUUGGUCAACAAUGGACAAUUAAUAAUGAAUGCCAAGUGUCAAAUCAUGUGAAUCAAUAUUUUCCAUUUCUAACCAUAUUGCAAUUUUUCUUCUUCAUGGGAUGGUUGAAAGUUGCCGAAUCUCUUAUCAAUCCAUUUGGUGAAGAUGAUGAUGAUUUUGAGUUAAAUUGGAUGAUUGAUCGUAAUUUGACAACAUCGUAUUUAAUUGUGGAUGAAAUGCAUCAAGAGCAUCCUGAAUUGCUCAAGGAUCAAUAUUGGGAUGAAGUAUUUCCAAAUGAAUUGCCCUAUGCCGAUGAAUCGCAACGACAAGCUCCACCAGAGGCGUCGACGGCCAAAUUGGAUUUACCUAAACCGACUAGUUCAUCGGGAAUGCUAGAUAAAGACUCCAAGAAACUACAUGGAAGCCAUUCGACUGCAUCCAAUAUUAGCAGUGAUAAUUUUCUUAUUCAUGUCUUGAGCAAACAUACCUUAUCAUCGUCCCAAAGUUUUGAAUUAUCCAGUUUACAAGUCUCCAGUUCAGAGCAAAAACUUUAUCAGAAUCGUAAAUUGGGCACGGAAAAUUCUCGUGUCAAUUUGGUUCGUGAACCACAAGCUGAGCAACUUGGUAGUGAAGAUAGAUCCAAGUUACGAGUGCCGGGUGAAAAUUCAGAUUCUGAAGUGCGUCCCAAACAUUCGAAUAUGAAUUUUGAUGAGCUCAUUGAGCAGCGUCAUCGUGAACGUAGGGCACGAAUGCGUUCACGUUUCUUAAAUAUGCGUAGCACCCAUACCCGUACUUCUCCGUCUGGUGGUUAUACCGUCACCAUAUUACGUCCUCCUUCGCUUUUGAGUACACACGACGAGCAAGAUGAGCUCGAUGAAAUGGUAGAAGAAAACUCUGGGGAAUCGCAUAUUUAAUAAUGGCUUAAAUCAAAUAAAAUUUUAAAUAAAAAAAGCGUAGGUAAUCUUUUCGAAA